ACCGUAAGUUAGUUUGCCAACCGCUAAUAAAAACUAAAAAAAAGAAAAAGACUUCUUAUUAUCUCACUUCCUUCGCAUUGCCAAUAUUCUUUACAAACCGUGCUUUUCGAAUGGAUUCCCCGUGCUUCUAGCUUGUUAUGCUACAUAGUGCUGCUUCUUGUUGGGUUCGUCUUUCCAAUCACUAUCAAUGGACGACUGCGUCUAGGAUUGUCUAACAUUAUUUACCGUUACUUGAGAGCAAUGGCGACCCAGAGAGCACUUCCUCAGAGUAAAGAAACUCUUCUUCAGAGCUACAACCAGAGACUUAAAGAUGACAUCAGGUCCAUCCAGGACAACUUCACCGAAAUUAUCAAAACGGCAAAGAUAGAGGAUGAGACGCAGGUUUCUCGAGCAACUCAAUCCGAGCAGGACCAUUAUGAGAUGCAUGUACGAGCAGCUCACAUCGUACGUGCGGGCGAGUCCUUGAUGAAACUGGUGUCGGACCUAAAGCAGUUUCUGAUCCUGAAUGACUUCCCUUCGGUGAACGACGCCAUCAGUCUCCAGAACCAGCAGCUGCGCUCGCUGCAAGAGGAGUGCGACAAGAAGCUGACCUCGCUACGGGACGAGAUCGCCAUCGACCUGUACGAACUCGAAGAAGAAUAUUACUCCUCCAGUGGGCUACAGAGUGGUGGUUUUCACUGGCUUUCACAAGACACCGUAGUCAAGAGCAGAUUUCCUCAAAACCCCCACUGGGUUGUCCCUGAAAGGAGCAUGUUCGUGCAGACACAGGACACGCCAAACCCGAACAGCCUUAAGUUUCUGCCCGGACGCAUCGUUCUGGAGUCGGGGACGAUGAAUUUUGAUGGUCCACGUGAUGCAUACACAUCGCCUUUAGCUAGACAGCUAUUUAGAAUUGAUGGUGUCAAGAGUGUCUUCCUGGGUCCCGACUUCAUCACCAUAACCAAGACUGAUGCAAAUCUGGAAUGGAAAGUAAUCAAACCGGAUGUAUUUGCUGCCAUUAUGGACUUUUUCACCUCUGGCCUUCCUGUCGUCAAUGAAGAUGCUAAACCAAGUGAAGAUACAGCACCAUCAGAUGAGGACGAUGAGGUCGUUGCAAUGAUCAAAGAACUGCUUGACACUCGAAUAAGGCCCACUGUGCAGGAGGACGGGGGAGAUGUUGUGUUUCGAGGCUUUGAGGACGGCGUGGUUAAACUGAAGCUGCAGGGAUCCUGCACCAGUUGUCCCAGCUCCAUUAUCACAUUAAAAAGUGGAAUCCAAAACAUGCUGCAGUUUUACGUGCCCGAGGUUGAAUCGGUUGAACAGGUAAAGGAAGAAGAAGAGGCUGCUCAAAUUUGACUGACAUUCAACAAGGACAACAUGCGCACAUUCUUCCCUGCAUUGGCCAAUAAGAAGCACUCAUGUGGCUAGUAUAUACUAUUCAUGCAUUUUCAUCAGCUGCAUUUCAGUGUUUUGCACAUUAAACACAUCUUCCAUUCAGUACAGGAAUUUGUCAAGCUAUUCCAUAUGGCUUUGAUAUUUGAAACGCACAAUAUUUAUGUGAAUAAAGUUUACUCAUAAAUAACCUUC